AUGGGAAAAUAUCCUGAAGAAACAAAAACGCUGGAAGAAAUAGAUACAGUAAUCUGCACGAAACACACAGAAGCAACAGUUGAGACGAAAGAGAGCGAAAUAGCGAAAGGAGGAAGCAGCAAAGUUCCCCAAGCACUGCAAGAGAAAGCGGGAGAAUUAUUGGACCUGUACGAAAGAACAGGAGUAGUACAGAGGAGCAGAUCCGAAUGGAGAAACAGAGUGUUCGUAAAAGUUGAGAGCACACCAGACAGUAAAACGAAACUGAGACGACUAGCAGACACGACACUGGUGAACAAAUAG